AUGUCUGAUACGAGCGAUCUCGAUCGUCAGAUCGAACAGCUGAAAAGAUGUGAGAUUAUAAUGGAAGCAGAAGUAAAAGCCCUAUGCGCUAAAGCUCGAGAAAUUUUGGUAGAAGAAAGUAACGUUCAAAGAGUGGAUUCGCCCGUAACGGUUUGUGGAGACAUACAUGGACAGUUUUAUGAUCUAAAGGAACUUUUCAAAGUUGGAGGUGAUGUACCCGAAACAAAUUAUUUAUUUAUGGGAGACUUUGUGGACAGAGGAUUUUAUUCUGUUGAAACUUUCUUAUUGUUACUUGCACUAAAGGUUAGGUAUCCAGAUCGCAUAACACUCAUCAGAGGAAAUCAUGAAUCGAGACAAAUCACACAGGUUUAUGGUUUCUACGAUGAGUGCCUUAGGAAAUAUGGUUCCAUCACUGUGUGGAGAUACUGUACAGAAAUAUUUGACUAUUUAUCACUGUCAGCCAUUAUCGAUGGAAGGAUAUUCUGCGUACACGGCGGUCUAAGUCCGUCGAUACACACCCUAGAUCAGAUUCGUACUAUUGAUCGAAAGCAGGAAGUUCCUCACGACGGACCAAUGUGUGACUUGUUGUGGAGUGAUCCUGAAGAUACACAAGGUUGGGGUGUUUCACCAAGAGGAGCUGGCUAUCUCUUUGGCUCAGAUGUAGUCGCUCAAUUCAACGUGUCAAAUGAUAUUGAUAUGAUCUGUCGAGCUCAUCAGCUUGUCAUGGAGGGCUACAAAUGGCAUUUCAACGAGACCGUGUUGACUGUAUGGUCUGCACCUAAUUAUUGUUACAGAUGCGGAAACGUAGCUGCUAUAUUAGAGUUAAACGAAAAUCUUCAACGUGAAUUCACAAUAUUCGAGGCAGCACCGCAGGAAUCUCGAGGAGUACCAUCAAAGAAACCCCUAGCCGAAUACUUCUUAUAAUGUUCCUGUAAGAUAGACAAUUGAAACGAACAACUUGUAUUUCGGUUUAAUAUAAUAUAUAUAGUGACGAAACAAUUUUAAUGUAGAGAUUUGUUUUUGUGAUUUCAAGACUGGCAAGUGUUAAUGAUGUGACUAUGUUUGUGAACAAGUGAUUUGUCUUAUGCAUUAUUGGAAGGAAAAUGUCCGAAAAUUAGUUUUCAUAGUGUAAGUGCACCUAUGUAUUCAAUAGAGAGAUGGCAGAUAAUACGAUUUACUGCAUUCAAGUGAUGUACAUGACCAAAAUUUUAUUGAUAAUGUAUGAGAAGAAAUCAACUUCAAAAUGUCAUUUAGGUAUGUUUAUUUAAUGAUUUAAAUUUUUAAAUUACAUUGCGCGCGUAUUACUGUGAAGUACUGUUAUUACACUGUCGCUAAUGGGGGCUAAUUCAUUAUUUCGAAUUUUAUUUCAUUGUUGCUAUGUUUCAAAAUGUUGCUGAAUUUUCACUGAAUGUUAAUGCUGUCUAUGUAAUAACUGUGUUAUCUCUUGUUAUGUUUCUUCUAGAGACUACUCGAGUUGUGACACGAAUGAUUGAGCUAGUGGGUGUUUUGAUUAAGCAUAUAUCGGGUGAUGCUACAUUUAUGUCGUCCGAUUAAUUUAGCCAAUUUUGGCUUGAUCCUUGCUACAAGCUCGUCAAUAAAUGCUAUCGAAUAAUUAUAAAGUGUUAUAGCGUCAUGCGUAGUGUAACACAAUUUAAAAUAACGACCACGAAAAGACGUAGAUUCGUCAUUCAGCUGCUUUUGCAUAACAUUGCUGGCUUAAAAAAAAACUUUCCAUGUUUGUACAAAGGUUUUGUUUUUAAAUAUUGUUUUCCAUUUAUGUUAGUACCUAGUAGUUUAUUUGCAUAGUUUAGAUAUGACCGCAAAAAUAGAAUUUUCUGAACAGAACAGAGCAUAGUUUGAUGAGUGAUGAUUUUAUAUAAAAAUUGGUAAUUUACAAAAUAUCGUCAUGAGCAGAAUCGUGUGAUGUGUGGGCUAUCUAAAUGAAACGAGUGCUUUGGUCGACGAUAGUUUAUUGACUGCCUUACUAAUUACUUAAUACAAAAUACAAUGGUCAUACCUAUACUACAACUAAAGUAACGUGUUGUUAGCACACUACAAUCGAAAUUUACCAUGAAACAAUAUUUUGUCACAGACACAUAAUUAUCGUGACCUAAAAGUUAAGACAUCUGCCAUAUUGGUAUUAAUAUUAAGCGAAAGGACUAUGUCGAUGUUCAAAUCUCGUGGGCAGUUUUUUUUUUUUUAGAAACUGCGUACUUAACGCUUUCACGGACACCUUCCACGAUGAAGGUAUAUCGGCGUGUAAUAAAGACCAAGUAUGAAGGUUUUCAAAAUUUGCGUAAUUUCCGGUGCCAGGGUAGUAGGCCCGCUAGGGUAGGUACCACUAUUGUGGUCACCGGUCACUACUUAAUACUAGGUGGACGUUAUCAAUCUAUGCAAGAAAAAAUACAAAAGUGUAAGUUCACCAAGUAGUAGUUCCUAUUUAAAAUAUGUUCAUAAUUCCUUAUUUGACUGGUGAAUUUCUAAGUUUUUAGUGGUGAUCUCACUUUGGAUUUAGCGAGAGUGUAAUAGCAGUUUCGUUUUGUAAGUAAGUCUUUUAGCUAAUAAGUAAUCUGUGUUAAUAAAACAAAAAACAAAAAACAUUCAAGUAUUUCCUUUAUACAGUAUAUUAUUAAAUAAAAUAUGAUUUUGUCUAAAAAUUCAUUUCCUUUGAAUUGAUCAAUAGUAGAAUAAGUAUACAAGUUAAAAUCGUAGCGUUUUAGAAUUAGUUUUAUGAACGAAAGAAUCAUAGGCAUUUAUUUAUACUUUGUUCUUCGUGAAUUACAAAGUACACACAGUAUCUAUAGGACCUUUAAAGAAAAAAAUUGGUAUUCAUAUGUAACUGUUCAAUAUUUUACUUUUUAAUAAGUGGGUAGUUAAGUAGUUUAAAUCUCUGUGCAACGAUAGACAAACGUAUAAACAUUUUAUUGCCAAAUUAAAACAUCUGAAAAGUUGUAAUGAACAAUUAAAAUUUACGUAGAUGUAAAAAAAAACGAACAUAAUUCACAGUUGUAAAGCAUCAAUGAAUUGCUUGAAAUAGUUGAAACAAAUUUAAUAAUUCGGGUAUUCGACUUGCAAAAAAAAUGUUUCGAAUUUCGUGCGCGAAAUGAUGGCGCCCGUUGCAUACAGCCAAGCUUAGUAAUUUGAAAGGCAAUUUCGAAACAUGAGUUGUUCGAUUUCCUAUUAGUGACUUGUAAUGAUUUAUAUUUAUGAAUCUGUGUACGUAGUGCGAGAUUUUUAACGUUCAAGGUAGCGUAAAAGUUAACCCAAUUUUGUAUGCAGUUGGAGCAGCGCCCCUAACGCAAACGUGGGCAAACGAUCCCAGUAAAAUGACAAUCCCACCAAUAUGAGCUAACUUUUACGCAAUCGAGAACGUUUAAAAACUCGCACUAAGCACAGUGGUAUCUUAGGGCCGAGUCACACCGGAUUGGCAGCGGCCGGAAGUGUCGCGGCGAGCACUUUCAGUGUGAAAUAAUUUUAAACUUUAUCUAUAUACUUAAAAGAUUAGUAUCGCUUGAAAAGCUUGAAAAGGUCACGACGCAGCCGGCGCCCGCCUGCGUUGAAGCGAACAGCCGCGCGCCAUGUGCGUCUUUUCGGUGGUUCUGCCAGCGGCGACAUAAGGCCGCUCGCGGCACCGCGUUUAUAUAUAAUGACCAAUUCCAUCAUGUUCACUUCAAACACACGAGUAUCAUUGCCGAAUGAAAAAACUAAACUAGUCGAGAGGAGACUACGCGUGCAGUCUGGAAGCCGAGGCUGCAAGCGGCGACGCCGGGGGCCGCUGGCAUCGCUGCCAUUCCGGUGUGACUCGGCCCUU